AACCGGCGGAGGUGACAGGUCACUGGGGGAGAGCCUGCAGGGCCGUUCCUCGCCAGCGCCUUAGCUCUUUGGCUUCUUGAGUCAGUCCGGUUGUUUGCCAUCGCCGAGGCCCGGGCUGCGAACAGAGGAGCCUUCUCCGCGCUGCCAAGGUCCCUCUACCUCAUCCAUACGUGUGCCCUGAUGGUGCGGCAGGCUCUGGACUCCUAAAGCUCUGGAGCGAAUUUAAGAAGAUUUUAUUCAUGUUCAUGGCAUAGAAGAUGAAUUCUUCCUCCUCUACCAUGAAUGAAGAACCUGAUGCUCUAUCGGUAGUUAACCAGUUACGCGAUCUAGCAGCAGAUCCAUUAAACAGAAGAGCCAUCGUCCAGGAUCAGGGAUGUCUGCCUGGCCUUAUUUUAUUUAUGGACCAUCCCAAUCCCUCUGUUGUCCACUCGGCUUUGCUUGCUCUUCGAUACUUGGCAGAAUGCCGUGCGAACAGAGAAAAGAUGAAGGGAGAACUGGGUAUGAUGUUGAGCUUGCAAAAUGUUGUACAGAAGACCACAACCCCAGGAGAAACAAAACUUCUGGCCUCCGAAAUCUAUGACAUUCUUCAAUCCUCCAAUAUGGCAGAUGGUGAUAGUUUCAAUGAAAUGAAUUCACGUAGAAGGAAAGCUCAGUUUUUUCUGGGAGCUACUAACAAACGUGCCAAAACAGUGGUUUUGCAUAUAGAUGGUCUUGAUGAUACGUCUCGAAGAAAUCUAUGUGAAGAGGCCUUGUUAAAAAUUAAAGGUGUUAUUAGCUUUACUUUUCAAAUGGCUGUUCAAAGAUGUGUGGUGCGAAUUCGUUCAGAUUUGAAAGCAGAGGCUUUGGCAUCAGCAAUAGCAUCAACCAAGGUUAUGAAAGCUCAGCAAGUGGUGAAAAGUGAAAGUGGAGAAGAGAUGCUGGUCCCGUUCCAGGAUACUCCUGUGGAAGUGGAACAGAAUACAGAACUGCCUGACUACCUGCCUGAGGAUGAAAGUCCCACAAAGGAGCAGGACAAAGCAGUGUCCCGGGUUGGCUCACACCCGGAGGGUGGAGCUAGCUGGCUGAGCACAGCUGCAAACUUUUUAUCCAGAUCAUUUUACUGGUGACUACAGUUUGGGGCUCAAGGACUGUGUGAACCAACAAGGGGCCAGUUUUCCAUGUUGUGGUGAACUGUCAAGUGCAAUUUGCAAUAAGUUAUCAUGAGAGUUUUUAGAUUACAUGAUUGCAUAUGCUGCAUUUUACAUUUUAUUGGACAUUUUACACCGCUGAGUGGUAAAAGGGACAGAGGCUGCAGGUGGAAUUAACUUUGUGUAUGAAGGUAUUUUGGUUUUGUUUCCCUUUGUUUAGUUGCCUCACUUUUUAAAAAAACAUGGGUCCACUGUUAAAACCAAACAUAUAUGUGCAGCUUUACAUUUUAUUUUACAUGAAGCACGUGAUUAGAAAACUCAUUUUCUCCUCAAGCCUCAGGACCUAUCUGAAGAGAAGUUUUUUUGUAGCUCAAAUUGUGCAUGAAUUACUGAACAUUUUUCUCUGCUUUUCUUUAUGAAAGAUACAUGCUUUGACACUCUUCACUGAAAGCUGAAAAUACUUGUUACCCCUUUUGUGCCUUUUUUAUUUUGCCAACCAUGUUUAUAGAAAGGAUAUUACUAAUGACAUUUUGCAAAUUAAAAUAUAUUCAUUUGAAUAUAAUAGUUCCCUAGAAAUAUAACUCUACAAAACUUUGCAGUCUUUAUUUGUUACCAUUUUAAUAAGAGUAACACAAAAUCAGUCCAGGAGAGAAGGAACCAUGUAUCGGUUAGCAGAGUGCUUUUGGAGACUUUCUGAAUGUGACCAAAUGUGGUUCUAGUUGACUACUGUUCACUUUGGUUAUAUCAGCUCCUGAGAGUUAAGUUCAUCAUGAUAUUGCAAGCAACUGUAAAUGGUCUCUAGACCUUACAUUGUGAUUAUACAUUAUCUCUCGCUAGAAAAAAUAAUGAUAGUAAAGAACUGACAAACUUGAAAAAAGAAAACAAAUUGAAUGCCUAUAAUGCCAUAGUACCACUUUGGUAGAGCCUAACUUUAAAACAUGAAUUGCUUGGCAGAGGCCCAUUCAAUACGUGUUUCUUUGUAUUGCCUUUUGUGAAUUUAUUGUGAAAAUGCUGCAGUUGUAUUGAAUGGAAAAAGACCCAAAUUAUUGCUUAUAAAGAAAUAAAGCCAGCAUUGGUCACUUAAUCUUGUUUCUCAAGUCCAGCCAGAAAAAAAGAACUUCAAUGAAGGUAAGAUAAAUAAAUAUGUAUACAUACAUAUGUCUUUUGGUAAAUAAGAACUAAUUAUAUGUAUGUAAUGCUUUAUUAAAUUUCUGAAAUAUUUAGCAACUAAAAUUUUCUUUCUGCAAAUUGAAUUAAAUCCAGAUUCAUUCUAGUGUUGAUACGACUAAAAACUAAUAAGAAAAAAAUUGAAAUUCCUUUUCAUCAACAUGUAGAGCUGCUAUUUUACUACUUGGAGAAUGGGAUGUGAAAAUUGGACUCUAGAGGGUUUCCUUGCUUUUUCAUUGCUUCUCUUUCAGAGAAAAUUAAAAGCAUCCAUUGUCUCUGGAGAAAAAUAAUUGUAAAAUACCAUCACCAAUGAGAGUCUUGAAUUCACUAGCGUUGUGACCUUCUGAGGGGAGAGUUAUUGAGGGUAUUGAGGACUAUAUUUUUUUCAUGUGUCUGGUUUCUGAUUCAGGUGACACGCACAAACUGAAAGUAUAAGCUUUCAGGGCACAUAUUGCUCUAAACGCAUAACACAAAUUUCUGCCAGAACCAGAUGUGUUGAAAAAAGAGAAUAAAACCACCUCCUUUCUAGCCAUUAAAGCAAAGUUUACUGUUCUGUUUUAACAAGUUUGUAUUUUAUUUUGCAUUGCCACACAUCUGCUUAUUUAAAAGACUACAUCCCUUAGGUAGUAAUGGUUCAGUACAAGUAGGUAUUACAGCUUGAUGUUUGUGUGUUCUAAGUGUUCUUUUAUUCCAGAUUAUAUAGAGCAGUUAAGGCAACUGUAACAACGUUUUUUGAAAUAUAUUGUAAAAUAAAAAAAGGUAACAGAAUUAAAGUUGAAUGGAUAUUA